AUGAUAAUUCUACAGCUUGUUCUUGUAAGUUGCUCCCAACUCAAAGACGAAGACGCAUGUGAUUUGGUUAAAAUUUCGGUUCAGGAAGUUGGUAGUGGUUCUAACACAAAUUUUUCUAGCGGGUUAAAUGAAAUGAAAAUAAGCAGUUCGAAUAAAUUAGAUAAUAUUGAAUCGCUUCAUGACACGUCAAACGGUGCACAGGCAAAACAAAGUGACUUAAACCAGCAGCCAGGCAGUGCAUCCGCAGAAAUAUGCCAAAAACAAACUAGUGAUGAGCAUUCGAUGUUACGAAGCCAAUUUAGUUCAUAUGUGGUCCAUGGUAUGAGCGAAGCUUGUCAAGUGGGUGAAAAAAUAAAAGAUCACGGGACGAGUUUACUAAAGGAGGACGAACCAGAUCCAGCAAAUAUAAACGAGAAAACGUGCCAGGAAGCGUGUUUAAACCCGGAAACAGGUGAUUUCACAUUGAAAAUCGAAGAAAAUACACAAUCUUUAUCAACAACCAGCUCAUCCGAUUCGGCACUUACUAAACCAACACAAGAGAUGAAAAAAAUCCAAAAUCCUGAUCGGAGAACCUUAUCCUUGGAUACGCAGUGUUCAAAUAUAAACCUUAUUAAUGACGAAAAAAAGCAAAUCAUAGGCAUAAAGCUUUCUUUAUUGCAAUCUUCAUCCCGCGGUAAUUUAGCUUAUUCUUCAAAUGAUCACCGAAAUAGAAUUGACAGUGAUAAAGAAUCAUAUAAUUCCAUUGAUGAAAAAAGCCGCAAAACCGGUGGAACAAAGUCGGUCUAUUAUAAAAAAGUUUACGAAGAAUUUAUACCAAAAAUCAAUAAAAUGAUCGCUGCUAUUCAUAGCUUUUCACUAUGUGAAUACGAUCGAACUAUAAUUUAUACGUAUUUUGGUAAAUCAAGAGGUAUUUUUUGGUAUUUUAACAGAAAAGAACUAAUAGAUGCGUUAAAAACUCUCGAAACAGGUUUAUUUAGAUUUUUGAAAGGCAAUUCACUGAAAAAAAAAUCAUUUGAUGCUAACGUCUUUGACAGUCUUUCUGAAGAACUGAAUUACCUUAGUAUAAUCUUGAAGAAAAUAUUUGAUGCAAACACAAGAUUUGGGGAAAUCCAUAAAAUUUUUGCGAAGCAUUUGAUCAAUUUGAAACGAAUAUCUAAAGGACUACUCAACAAAAAGGACAGUAAAUUUAUCGAAAGUAAUAUGUGCUUUGUAGUUUCAUUGCAGCGAAUAUAUACCUUUAAACACAUGUUCCUAUUAAAGAUGAAAGCGCUGAAGAUGGAUCUAGAUACCGUGAGACUUUGUACGUUCAAUAGAACUAAUCAUAAGUUCAUGUGCCAUAAUGCUUCCUAUCUCAUAGAGGCGCUGAGUGAAUGGAAUCAGGCUUUUAGUGAUUUAACACAUCCUAUUCUGACAGAGUCCGUUUAUCGAGCCACAAAUGAAUCGCUUGGAAAGCUUUUUGGAUAUUUUCAACUUUGGGUGGUCAUCUAUAGGGAGAUAGUGGUCAAUAAUUCUAUGUUGUGUCAAAGAAUACAAUACCUCACUAAAACGGUACUUAAAACCCAAGAAGUUAUUGAUAAUAUCGAUGACACAUCCUAA